AUGCAAAAAGGUAUUGCAGGAAUCUCGGCCGUGAAGAACUUGACUGAAGCUGGUUUUGAUGUAACUGGUUUCGAAGCUUCCGAUGCAAUUGGUGGCCUCUGGCACUAUACCGAGGAUGCGAGGACAAGCUGCUUAUCUAUCUUGAAGAAAUGGAUGUGGCUGAUUCUACAGUUUGGCUUCUCUGACUUUCCUUAUGCUGGUGAUGCAUCUGAUGGCCCGCUCUAUCCAAAAAAAAACCAGGCAUUUCUGGAGUCAUAUGCUGAGCAUUUUGGCAUUGUUCACCGAUUUCGACUCAAUACAAAAGUGACAACCGUCAGUCGAGUUGGGGAUAAGUGGUCUUUAUUGCUUACGGAUGCACAAGGUAAAAGAGAAGAGGAAAUGUUUGAUAGACUGGUCGUUUGUACUGGACUCUUCCAAACACCAAAAGAGCCUCGUGUUGAAGGGCUCGACCAAUUCAGAGGUAAAAUACUAAAUGCUCAUACAUACGAAAGCCCAAAGAGUUUCGAUGGGAAGCGAGUAUUGGUUGUUGGACUUGGCUCUACGGCUACAGACAUUGCCAGAGGUCUUGCUGGUAGAGCCAAUCAAGUUUUCAUAUCUCACCGAAAUGGGUGUCUGAUGUUGCCGUACGGUAAGGCAAACGAUGUAUGCUUCCCUCCUCUCCGCGAGCAGCGGAAAGCCAUCAAAAGGCCACCCUUUGAACAAGGCCAAAUACUCCACAAAGCUUUUCUCGAAAUGCAAGACGAAGCGUUCAAUCUGCGGCCAGAGUGGGGUCUUGCUAACGCUCCUGCAAUGCCUCAUAAGCUACCAAUCAUUGGAGACGAAUUCCAUGACCUUCUUGUAUCUGGAACUGUUACCUUGGUUGCCGGGGUAAGCCGGGUUCUUGACUCCCAUGUAGAACUUACAGACGGGAAAAAACUGGAAGUCGAUGCCAUAAUAUUUGCAAUUGGCUACAACAAGUCCUUUUCACUGCUAGGUCCCUACGAUCCCUCUAGGCAUAUGCCCCAGGCAUGGAAAGAUGCUCGUGGUUCUAUGGGACGACCUCUCGCAAGGCUUUACCAAGGCAUCUUUUCAUUGGAUUUCCCAGACUCUCUCGCCUACUCAGAGACCGUAGGUCCCACUUUAUCUGCUUCGAUCAACGCGGAUCUGGCGUCAAUGGCCCUGGCCCAGGUGUGGCUCGGAGCCUCAAAGUUGCCGUCCGCUAGGGAGAUGGCAAAGAGUGCCGACACACAAAAUCAGAUGGUGAUAUCACUGGCAAAGGAAGCCGAGAUUUUCGACCCUGCCAUUGUGAAUACCACGGAAUGGACUAUAUGGGCUGACAGGGCGGCAGGUCUGGGUAUUCAGGACAGAAUUGGGUACGGGUGGAAAUCCUGGUGGCUGUGGUUGACAGAUUAUCGUCUAUACAAAACACUUUUGGAUGGAAAGUUUGUGCCACAGGUCUAUAGGAUUUUUGAUGAAGGGAAACGGAAACCAUGGAAAGGCGCUCGUGAAUCGUUUUUCAAGGCCAAUGGAAUGAGUUGA